UAUCCAACCACCGCUGGAGCACGUUCCCUCCGAUAAGCUGCGAUCGCGCUGGCUCAUAGUAUAAAAUCAGGCCGAAACCAUCGAACAGACACCAUUCUAUCGAAGGCUCUAGGUCAAAUAACGGCAACCAUGAACGGUAUGAAGUGUGCCAUAUUGGUCCUGGCGAUGCUCGCCAGUGUUGCUUUGGCCAAGCCAGCCAAUCAGACCCGUGCUGAUGCCCCAGUCCCCGAAGUACAGAGGCAACCAGCAGUUCUCAAGGAUGCCAAAGAUGUGAAGGACGCCAAGGAUUCUAAGGAUAGCGUCCCGGCUGUGCCGGCACUAGUAAGAGAAUCUCCGCCGCCAGCUUCCAAUGCAACUGCUCCCAAGGAUCAGCCGAAGAAUCAGACCAGCGAAGCUGCACCACCUGCCCCUGCUGUCAAGGUCGAUAAGAAGCCGAAGGAAGAGCCACAAAGGGAACCAAUUGUGGGAGCUGUGCAAGUUAUUCCUCGGCCGCAGAGUUCUGGAAAGGUCGCUGAAUCGAAAAAUGCGACUUCUCAAGCACCCGUCAGAGCUCAGUUCUCGGAUGAAGACAUGCAAGGCGACGAGCCAGCUCCUGUCGAGCCUCCAAAGCGAAACUUAAGCUCAAAACCAGUAGCUGAAGCUGUCCCCGCCAAGGGCGCUGAACCAUCGUCCGCUAGGGGAGCAGAUGCUUCCCCUGCGAAAGCAGCUGAGCCAUCUCUUGCAAAGCCAGCUGAAUCAUCCCCAGUGAAAGGUGCUGAGCCUGCCUUGGUAAGAAGCGCCGAACCUGCUCCAGCAAAGAAUGCUGAGCCCGCUCCAGCAAAGGGAGCUGAACCCGCUCCAGCAAAGGGAGCUGAAGCUCCUUCUGCAAAGGCAGCUGAAUCUGCACCCGCCAGGGGAGCGGAAGCUUCAUCUGCGAAGGAAGCGGAGCCAACCCUUGCCAAGGCAGCAGAGCCUGCCCCGGCGAGAGGAGCUGAAGCUCCCUCUGCCAAGGUUGCUGAACCUGCUCCUGUAAGGGGAGCAGCAUCAUCGGCUGCAUUUGCCAGAAGCCAAGCGGAAUCAUCAUCGAAGGGAGCUGCACCGGCAAAGGAGGCAGGAGACAAUUCAUCAGUAGAUUUCUCCGAACCGAAAGCUGAACCAGAGCAGGACAAUUGGGGACCCAGGAUCGAUGAAAUCAUUGGUCAGCUUCAGGAUCUGAAGAGGAAAACACGCGCCAUCAUGGCACUGACUCACAGGAAGUGAGGGCGCUCCGUUCGGCAGUGAAAUUUAGUUAUGUAGAGUUGAUAUAUAGCCGAGUGCCGAAGUAGUUAAGAAAUAUUCAAAAUGUGUAUAAAAGCAAAACUUGUAUGUAAGUUUUGUAACAAAAAAUCAACUUUAUUGGAUAUAUCACCAUCUUAUAAAUCAUUCGCAUAGUCUCACGUACAUAUUGAGUUACAUCCAAUUUUGGUUGUGCAAAUCGCCGGUUGUAAAUUUCAACCGUGCUUCAGCCAACUACGUACCAGGUUGCUAAGUAAUGACUAAAAAGUUUUGCCAGCCAAGUUUUUUAUAGAAAUAUUUUACCGAUCAGUUUGCUGUGCAAAUCACGGAAUAUUUUUACUGAAACUUGGUAGUCAAAACGAAAUGCUUAAUAUAAUUAUUAGGAAAUGUUAAACUCGUGUAGGUUGCGUGCACAUUACCUCAAGCUGUAAACGCCUGCUAAAAAUUUAAUGAUUCAAACGAUAUUAUUUUUAAAUAAAGUAUUUUUGAAAAUUUAAAGCUAUUUGUACACACGUUAUAGAAAUGAUUGAACGGUCA